AUUGUUUGUAAUGUUUUAUGAAUAAAUUUAUCUUCAGAUAAACAGCACUGCAACGCUGGAACGAAUCUCAUGUUUCUCAAGAUGUCUGUGUUUCGAAAAGAUAUCAAACCAUUUCCAAUCAAUAUCAUUUUUGACGUUCCUAAUGUUCUCGACAAGGUCUAAGAAAUGAAUGGUCCCCAUCAAUUGAAUUGCGCCAGACAAGACUUUCUAGUCCUCAAAGGGACCGGAGAUGAUCCAUUUGCUUUUUACAAAUUUGACAUGGAGGGAUACGUUACUGGGUUUGGAAAUCCUGAUUGGGCACGUACUCAUUCGGCUGCUACGACAACAGCUCCUGCUGUUUUGGCUGUGUUAAGUGGAGGUGCUACAUGUAUGGGUAGAACUGUCAUGGAUGAAAUGGCAUACAGUAUAAAUGGAGAAAACAAGCAUUAUGGGACUCCAAAAAAUAUUUGUUCGCCAGAUCGGUUGCCUGGAGGAUCUUCAAGUGGAUCAGCUGUUGCAGUUGGUGGAAUGCUGAUAGAUUUCUCCUUGGGCACCGAUACUGGAGGAAGUGUAAGAGUUCCGGCUUCGUACUGUGGGAUUUUAGGGUUUCGGCCUUCUCAUGGUGUUGUUUCAACCACUGGGGUCAUCCCUUUGGCACAAAGUCUCGACACUGUUGGGUGGUUUGCUAGGGAUGCCGACAUCCUAAACCGAGUCGGACGGGUAUUAUUGCAGUUGCCUGAGGUGGAACCUGUGAAACCUACUCACAUCACUAUUGCAGAAGAUUGUUUCCAGCUUCUAAGCAUCCCAAGUCAACGAGUUACUUUAGUCCUCGUUAAAUCGGUGGAGAAGCUAUUUGGUGGUCACAUUUUAAAGUAUGUGUGCCUUGGGGACUAUGUUAAAGACAACGUUCCGACUUUGAAGCAUUUCAAGGGCGAGAGACUGGAGGAUCAAGAAUGUAAUGUUGCGCCCUUGGCUGCUCUCUCAAGUGCCUAUAGGCAGCUUGAAAGGUCCGAAUUCAAGAACAAUCAUGGUCGGUGGGUUAGUACAGUCAAACCUGAUUUGGGUCCUGGUAUAUCAGAAAGAGUGUGGGCAGCCGUGAGGUCAACAGAUGAAAAUAUCGAUGUUUGCCACUCGGUGAAGACUGAACUACGUGCUGCUCUCACUACUCUCUUAGGGGACCACGGUAUCCUAGCAAUCCCCACAGUUCCAGGGCUUCCACCAAAAUUGCAAACAGAGCCAUCUACAUUGGAAACAUUUCGUUUCAGAGCUUUCAGCUUGUUGUCUAUUGCUGGAAUGUCUAGCUUCUGCCAGGUAAGCAUACCACUAGGAACGUAUGACAAUCUUCCCGUGUCAGUUUCCUUGUUAGCGAAACAUGGAUCAGAUGGGUUCUUGCUGAAUCUUGUUGAGACGCUUUAUGGAACUCUCAAGGAACAAGUUGAAAUUGCUCAGGAACUGAGUUACUGAAGUUCUUAACUUGUUAAUGUAAACUUCUAUUUCUUACUGUAUUUGAAUAAAUAAGAGCGGUGUUGCAUUUUUACAUUUCACGACCGUACAUGUUUAUGACCUAACCUUGACUCUUGACAGCUAAACAUCUUGUAUUUUUCUCCAAUAAUUGAACAGGGAAGCCUUCAUAGUUAUAAACAAUAUAUUAUGGCGGGAUCGUUAUUUCAAUGGACAA